AAGCCAGUUGGCAAAGUUUUUACGUGCCUCUAUAUCUCGCAACUCACUUUCAAACAUCGUCUCAAUAGAGUUGGUCGAACCUUGCAAACUCUGUGAAGCGCUGUAUGUUUUUGCUUGCCGUGCAGCAUUUUCAAGCCUGUGAGAUCAUAUCGGAAAUUGUUCAUUUGUUUCGGAAAAUAACCAUACGGAAAGUGGUUGAUGCAUAUGUGGAAAGUGAUAAGAAGCUAGCGAAGAUAUUCGAAUAGUAGUGCUUUUGUUAAUAAACAUGUUGGCUUUACGGCAGCAGUGAUUAACUCUAGUAGUGAUAGUCGUAAAUAUUGCAAGAGCAACACGAUAUUUCAUUCAAAAGUGAAGCACUACAAUAGAAAUCCUUCAAACUAACUGCUUAAGAACCCAACCUAGGUUCGUUCAUUCAACCUUGUGCAUGUAGACUAUUGAAUAGGGUUCUAAAGCCCUUUAUCCUGCCUCGAUUUGGCUUCGAUUCGGUAGCAUAGAAACUCUCAAAACGCUUUUCUCUAAAAUGGACGUGUACUACAUAAGCGACAGUAUGCACUACGGAUCCUUCCGGAAUCCGUUGUACCGGGACUAUGAAAAGUUCCCCUAUGGUACACUAGAGAACCCGCUCAACUCUCCCCCCAAGAGUACACAUCACAAACAGCAGCAGCAGCAGCAACGGAAUGGCAGCUACAAUAUGGCACAAGAAAAAUCCAAGAACAAAUCCUCGAAGGAACCGUGCCCGUUCUGCAAGGAGCAGAAAAAACGACCCCUUGGAGCAUACAUGCGCAAACGAGGUCAGCGCAUAACCAGCGAGAGCAUUUCCGAGGACGUCGAGGAAGAUCAAGAAGAGCGAGAAUGCGGCCCUGAAACGUCACCCGCCGGAAGUCCAACUAACACUGAACUGGCUUCGCACAAUCAUCAUCAUCACGUACACGGCCGUCGUAAUUUGUCUCGCCAGAACUCACAGGAUAGCGAUGGAAAAUGAGUUCUUCGGUUCUAGCGUUUUUGGCUAGAUAUUUAUAUGAUUUGUGGCCUCAUAUUUCACAUACAUAUUUCAAAUGCAACUAUGAUGGCUUCAAGCUGAACAGUCUCCUAGCAUCCUAAGUUUAUUUCAUAACAUAUACCAUACAGUACAGUACACUGAUUUUAGUUAACUGUAUGUAAUCAACUCUGGAAAAUAGUAAUCUGCCUGUGCGCAUCACACGAGAAACACUACCCAGUAUACCUCAUCGAUGUCUUACAAGAAUGCAUUUUUUGGUAUAUAUCAAGAGCCAGAAUUUAAUAUACACGGAGUAUUGUGUAGAGAUCGAUAGUGGUAUGAGAAAAAGACUGAUUUUUAAAUCCAUCGGGGAGAAAUAAAAUAAUAAUUGGUUCAAAAUUAGUAUAGCAAUGCGAGCAUGGGAAAGGCAGUUGUCUGAACGGAUUGUGUCGAAAAAAAGGUAUGGACAAUAGUUUCCUGAUGAUUUGAUUCGACAUGAAAAUCAUACUUUUUACAAGUGUGUUUCUCGUUAUUCAACAAUAAUUAGUUGUUACGAACGGUUUAUGAAAUAUGGAUGGUCAUUAUUACUUUUUUGCGAGGAAAUAUUUAAACUAAUCAAUACAAAUACUAUAUAUUAACAUUAUACUCUUUGAAAAGCUGGAAAGUUUUGUUGUACUGUGUCUUUGUAGUUAUAAGUGCAAUAUUCGGAGUAAACCAAGCUUUUGGAUGCAUAUACUUAUAAAUAAAAAAGUAAGUUAUCGUA